ACCUCGUCCAGCGCAACUCAUGAUCGCACGCUAACCAAGACAUUCAAACUAACAGGCUUGUGGGGAGAGGAAGCAGGCAUGAACUCGAGUGGUGGCUUGUGGAAUAAUCAGUGGCCUGGGCGACAGCCUUCAGGUGCCAGGCGAUUUUACCCUGUCGCAGGCACUUUCUCGGAUGUCCAGGCAAAUACGCCACGGCAACCCGGACACACCCCGAUUGCCCAAUAUGUCUCCCCGCAGCAACUAUUCCAGCCGCCUCCCAUUCCUUUCACCAGUGGGGACUUCCAGCAGCCUCAAGUCCCGUUCUCUACUGCAGCUUAUCAUGAGCAGAGGGCUUUUGCGACGGCCGGGCCUGUUGUCCAUGAGGGUUAUAUUCCGGCUCCUGGCCACGAGGACGAAGAUGAUGCAACGUAUCCAGCCUACCCGAGUGCCUGGCGAGACCCUCUAUUCUUCAACCGCGGGCUUCGGAGCUCGAGCGACGAGGAUAGCGAAGAGGAGCGUGCCUUAGCCCUUGAAGAGGAGCGCAUUCUGUUUGAAGUUGCCGAGAAGAAUGACCGAGAAGAGGACAGGGACUUUUCCGUGUCGGAGGAAGACUUAGACGAGGACCCCGACGAACUGCUACUUGACGAAGAGUUUCACGAUGAAGACGAGUCUCAGCCGAAGCGGGGGAGGCCUAAAGGCAGAGGGACUCGAGGAGGUCGACGCGGCAGGCCUUCUAUGCGAGCCAGAGGAGGACUUCGUGGUUCAGCGUCGACGAGGGGAAGGAAGCCAGUGAGGCCUGGCAGACGUGGGAAGCCCAAGGGCAGACGGGGGCCCCGCCCAAUUGCCGAUCCGGGACCUCAGUUCAAGGACUUGCAGCGGCUGGCUAACGAGGCGUACAUGCGAAGCGACUACUCUGAUGCUAUCCAAUAUGCCGAAAAAGCGAUCCAGCUCAACCCAGAGAUUUUUGUGGCACACAACAUGCUGUCAGAGAUCUAUGCGGCAAUGGGCGAAGAACACAAGUCUGUGCAAGCUCUAAUCGUUGGUGGGCCCACCAAGCGAGACAAGGACCUCUGGUGGCUCAUCAUUGAGCGCGUGGAGAAGAUCGACCCGAGGAAGUACCCUUCCUAUACUGAGAAGCGUAAGACUGAGAUUAUUCUCAACUGCCUACAGUCUAUCAUUUUGCUUGAACCCGAAGACUACGAAGCGCGCAGCCGGAAACUGGAGGUAGAAGCCAAGUUGGGACGCAUUUCUAAGUGCGUCAAGCAGUGUCGAAAAAUGCUAAGCAUCAAACCGCACGAGUACGAUAUCCUGAGGCAAAUGGCGGUUUUGGGCACAUCGACACCGAAACAAACCCGCAUUCAUCUUUCCAGGAUCAUUCAAUGCUACGAAAAUUCCAUUACUCACUUCCUGGCUCAUGACCGGGACCCCUCAAACAGCAAUCUGGACUGGGCUUUGCUGAACAUCUACCUAGACCUCCUGGACCUCGCCGGAGACUACGAUCGUGCACUGUCCCGUCUGAAGAUGCUCUCACGGUGGAAGCAGAACAGAAAGGAGGAAACGUACUGGGACAAUCAGGAAGACGACCGGGAAUUCGACCUCGAAGAUGUCCCGAGACGGAUAGCUGUGCCAGAGUUUUCGCGCACCUCUCAUCGAGCUAAAUAUGGAAAGACCCUACCGAUGGAGAUUAGAGUGAAAAUGGGGCUCUUUCGCUUAAAACAAAACCCGUGCAAAUUUUCCGAAGCGAUGCACCAUCUCGAAAUCCUUGAUCCAGCCGACGACAGUCCCGACGCUCUGCUACGGGACUACCCGGACCUGUUUCGCCUGGUGGCCGAUACCCUCCAUGCUACCGGCUAUAAUAAGGACGCCUUACGAUUCUACGAACCUUUGUAUAAGCACGAAAGGGGGGAACUUCGUUUGAGAAGCUUUCUAGGGCUGUACACCUGCUACAUAAACUUAGGCGAGGACGACAAUGCCCAGGAGAUUGUUGACAUCUUAAAGGAUUGGAAUGCAGAAACUCUCGACGACCUUACGAUCCUGGCAAAGUUCUUCGAAGAUAUUGGAAUGCAAGAUGAGGCAACUCAGCGGGCAGAGACUGUCUAUCGGAACAGAGGGGCCCACCGUUUACGAAGGAUAGGUUUCAAAGGAUACACCAACCUCUUGCAGUACUUCUUCAACCAGAGAAAGCAGGCCCGAGGAAAGGAUGUAAUUAGGAAGAAGCGAGCCAAGAAGCACAUGAAGAAAUUGAUGGCUGCUACAAGGCCCGAACAGGACUCCGAGAACGAGGAGGACAUGAGCGAGCUCCCAUCCCUUGGCCCGCUGGACGAACGGCCAACCCAGGGCCUUUUCAGGUCGAAGAAACCUCUAUCUACUGGUGGACCUAAAACGUUCCUCCCUGUUGAGCCGGAGACGCUCGAGGGUACAAACGUACCAAUCGAUGCGAUUGAUCGCAGAUUAUUUCGGAGCAGGCUAGAGAAGCUUGCCAGCGAUUAUGCGGAUGAACUGAAAGCGGCAAGAGCCCAACACAGAGAGAUUGUGGCUAGUUUUGGGCGACUGGACGAGUUAUGUGACGCCGCAGACGCUGCGGACCAAGCUGCCGCUGCCGAAUACAUAUCAAUCAGCCGCGAACUUAUCGAAGAGUAUUCCACCUUCGACCUCUUCUACUCCAAUCGGCGUGAAGACUUCCAGGGGUACUUCCGACGAGUAGGGUCCGGUGAUCUAUGGAAGGAUUCAGCUUUAAUGAUUCUCGCUGUGCAAGCGAACAGGGCGGAGGAUGGCGAAAAAGAGCUGGAGCUCUCAGAGAGCCCUGAGGUGGUCCCACGGGAGUUUUACGGCAUUCACUUCGAUAAAUGGGCCGACGUAUUUGGCCGUUAUGCCCUUUUACUCGCCCGCCAAGGGGAGAAGGACCGGUGCUUUAGCGCUCUGGACGUUGCUAUCCAAUCGAACAUCUUCCACCGGUCUCGGACCUACCACCAUUUGCUCGAGCUCUGCCGCCUCGCUUGUGCUCUAGCAGUCGAUGACUCGCUGCAAGCGUCCUCUGCAGUUCGCUGGCUCAUGCGUACGUACCCCUUUGGUACUGAGAUAUUCCGACUGUACGGCGCUGUGAACCGCCUCUCCUCAUUUGCAGAGGGUUUUGCCAUGGGAUCUACGGCGAAGGCACUCAUGCGAUAUAUUAAAACGAUGGACUAUGUCUUGCUUACUCCAGAGCAGCGCGUUUGGUAUAAUUUUCGGGGCGACGAUCGCACGCAAUGGAUGCAUAACGCUAUUUCGUCUGGCAUUACGGACUACGUCAAGGACCAUGACCCGGCUUUAUUUGCACUGUUUGCUCAUGUGCUCAGUUCCAGUGGAUCCUACAUGGCAGCUCUCAACUACUAUUUCCGCGCCUUUGCCAUCACGCCUGAGGAUCCAACACUGAAUCUCUCGAUUGGCAUGGCCUACCUCCAACAUUCAAUGAAGCGACUGUCUGAGAAUCGACAAUUCCAGAUUCAACAGGGUCUCGCGUUCAUAAACAGAUACUAUGAGCUGAGGACGAAGGACAGUGUCCCCAUUCAUUGCUCGGAAGCGGAGUUCAAUGUAGGGAGGGUCUGGCACAGCCUCGGCCUCAUGAGCAACGCUGUCGCGUCUUAUGAGCGAUGUAUUGCGUUGAGUGAGCGUGUGCAAGAGGAGGCAAGCGAUGAGUGCAGAGAUGGUGAUUGGGGCGUAGAGGACUUUGCGACGGAAGCCGCCUUUGCUAUUCAGGCUAUUUACGCCGUGAGCGGGGACUUUGAGGGGGCGCGCAAGGUGACGGAGACGGUUCUCGUUAUCGAGUAGGCUUCCUUGCCGCUUUCUUUGAGCAGUAGCUUCGCCUCAGGGGGUCAGAUGAGAGUCAGAGAAUGCCUGUGGUUCUACUGUCCACGGAUCAUUGCAACGGACUACAUGAAACGCAGGUUCGGUGUUUGUAAUAUACCCCCCUUCAUUUCCAGCUGUGGACGGCGUGACUGGGGUUUGAACCGUGGCGAGUGGGGGGCUUGCAUGCGUGGAAAGAGCGGUCAAGGCUGUCUUGCUCAGAGAGAUCUCAUAAACGGGGGCCUUCAGAUCUCACGGCGUCGAUCUCAUGCACUCGCG